AUGCAUGCACCAAGAAAACUCAACAAGUGCGGCCAAGGAACUGCACUAAAGUUGAUCAUGUCUACCAUAAAGCAGCGCUACGAGUCCACAGAUGGGCCUUUCAUAUCCCUGGAGUUUUUCCCACCCAAAACAAAACUGGGGAAACAGAACUUGACAGCACGGAUGACUCGUAUGACAGCGCUGAACCCGCUGUUCAUCACCAUUACGUGGGGCGCAGGCGGCACAACGGCAAAAAAGACUUUAGAGCUAGCCACUGUCGCUCAACGAGAACUGAAUGUACCAGUUUGCAUGCACUUGACAUGUACGAACACAAACAAAGAGAUCAUCGAUGAGGCUCUGAAACUGGCGCACGAAGCCGACAUACGCAAUAUUUUAGCACUCAGAGGUGACCCGCCGGUUGGCGAAGAAUGGGAGACGCCUUCAGAGUCAUCUGAGUUUCAGCACGCCGUCGACCUAGUGCGCUACAUUAAGGAAAAAUACAAUGAUGACUUUUGUGUUGGUGUUGCAGCUUACCCCGAGGGCCACUGUGAAGGAGAAGCGGAUGGUGUGGCUCAAGACCCUAGAAGAGAUCUUGGGUUUCUCAAAGAGAAAGUGGACGCUGGUGCAGACUUCGUCAUAACGCAACUAUUUUACGACGUGGAGAAGUUUUUGUCUUUUGAACAAAUGUUUAGGAAUGAAGUAUCUGCCGACAUACCACUUUUCCCUGGCUUGAUGCCCAUUAACUCGUAUUUGCUCUUUAACAGGGCCGCGAAGCUAUCGCACGCAUCCAUUCCACAGGCGAUUCGGGACCGUCUGCCCCAGGAAUACCAUAGCGAUGAUAACAAAGUCAGAGCUAUAGGUGUCGAUAUCUUAGUGGAAAUGGUUGAGGAAAUCUACAAGAGAACAGAGGGGCGUAUAAAGGGGAUCCACUUCUACACACUAAACCUCGAAAAGGCUAUAGCACAAAUCGUAACCAAAUCUCCUUCCCUAUCCAAGAUUCUUGAGGAGGACAAAGAGGAUGAUCUAGUUGAAGGGGUGGGCGAAAUUGCAUUAGUUGACGGCAACACCCUAGAGGAGGACGAGAACGUCAAGAAGAGAAGAAGACAGUCCAGUCACAAUGAUGAUUUAACUUGCAACCGAGUUUUGCUAGACGAGGCUGGAAAGAGCAUUGCAAGCGGCAGAGAGUCCUCCGGAGCUCCAUCACGCAAAGUUGUUAUAUCAAUUUCCCAGGGAUCUGGAGCCCUUGGAAAAGAUGCUACCUGGGACGAAUUUACUAACGGUAGAUUUGGUGACUCUCGUUCGCCAGCAUUUGGUGAAAUCGAUGGCUACGGUCCUUCCCUCAAAGUAAGCAGCAAGAAAGCAUAUGAAAUCUGGGGCCAGCCCUCUAGCACAGAUGAUAUCAAGACGCUUUUCAUAAGAUAUCUCGAGGGCUCCCUUGAAGCUUUACCAUGGUCUGACUUGGGCUUAUCAGCAGAGACCGCAUUAAUCCAAGAGGAGCUCAUUCAGCUCAACGAAAGAGGCUACCUUUCCUUAGCCUCGCAGCCUGCAACUAACUCUACCCCUAGUACUGACAAGAUUUUUGGAUGGGGCCCGCCGGGAGGAUAUGUCUACCAAAAGUCUUUUGUGGAGAUGUUUGUGCAUAAACAGCAAUGGGAGCUGGAAAUUAAGCCCAAGUUGGAGCCCCUAGGGUCCAAGGUUAGCUAUUAUGUUGGCGAUUCUGCGGAAACAUUUUACACCAAUUUGGAUAGCAGUUGCUCUAGUGUGGUGACUUGGGGUGUGUUCCCUAACUCGGAAGUGUUGCAGACUACUAUAGUAGAAGAGGAGUCGUUCAAAGCUUGGAGGGACGAAGCCUUCAGCAUAUGGCUAGAGUGGAGCAAACUGUUCCCUAGGAACUCCAGAUCAAACACAUUGCUGAAGCAGAUGCACCGGGACUACUACUUGGUAUCCAUUGUCCAUCACGACUUCAGCGAUUGUGACGCUCUCUGGGACCUGCUGCUCGCUUGA